CCUGCGUGUCGCUCAGCCACAAGAAACCGGCCGGCUAACAGAGCGUCAAGUACCGGCGCGCGUAGUAGAAGUACACCCAUAGGGUUCACGUUUAACAAGACGCGUUGAGUAUCGGUUUAAUACUAACCCAAAGAAGAGGAAGUUAUCGAGCGCGUACGUACGGUUAACGCGGAGAAUCGAAGACACAGUGCGAAGCUGUUGUAUUCGAAUUAUCAAGAUAAAAAGAUAUGACCAUGGCUACGGAGACGGAAAACAACGGACCCGCUGCGGAGACCAAGGAAAUCAAGGACGUAAAGGAAAUGAAGGAAGCUCUUAAGGACGAGACGCCUCCUGACAACAAGCAGCAACAGGAGGAAACAGGCAAGGAAGCCGAGACCAAGAAGGAGGAAGCUGAGAAGAAGGACGAGCCUGCUCCUGAAACGUCGGCACCGACGAAAUCCGUAUCUGUCCAUAAGACCAACUACGAAAAAGAUAUCGUCUAUCUUUAUCAGCUUCCCAGGACAUCGACGGUGCCAUCCUUGUCGCCGUAUUGUUUGAAGGUGGAGACAUGGCUUCGGCUCAAUGGCAUCAAGUAUGAGAAUGUCGACCACAAGAUCAAAUUCCGUUCCAAGAAGGGUCAGCUUCCAUUCGUUGAACUGAACGGCGAGGAGAUAGCUGACAGCACUAUCAUCCUGAAGGAGCUGGGACAGAAAUUCAGCAAGGAUCUCGAUGCCGGUCUCACCACAGAACAGCGUAGCGUGUCCCACGCCAUGAUCUCCAUGAUUGAGCAUCAUCUUGUCUGGGUAAUUACGUGGUGGCGCUCCAAGAACCUAGAUCUCGUUCUCAAGGGAUACAAAGUGAACCUUCAGCGUGCUCUGGGAACGCGCAUGCCUAAUGCCAUCCUCAACUUCUUCUUCAAGUUCAUCUUUGGUCGCAAGGGUGCACGAAAAGUCAAGGCUCACGGAAUUGGCGUUCACACCGCGGAGACGGUGUCCCAGUUCGGAUGCGACGAUCUCAAGGUCCUCUGUGACAUGCUCGCCGACAAGCCCUUCUUCUUUGGAGACGAGCCAACCAUGCUGGACGUAGUAGCCUUUGCUCACCUGGCCCAGAUACUCUACAUAGAGAAGGACGUUCCCUACAGCGUCAGGGAUUACAUGCAGGAGAGCUGUCCGAAUCUGGUUGGUCAUUGCUCGCGCAUGAAGGAACGCUGCUACCCCGACUGGGAGGAGAUCAGCGAUACACUGGAGAUGAAUACCCAUCUGCCUAAGCCUGAGAAACCCGAAGAGAAGGAGGGCAAGGAGGAGGCCAAGGAAACGAAGGAAUCCAAGGAGGAGAAGGAGGGCGAUAAGGAGAAGUCCGAUAAGGAAGAGAAGGAGGUGGACAAGGAUAAGGAGGUAGAGGAGAACAAGGAUAAGGAGAAGGAUGGAAAAUAAGACAUUUUAUGUGGACAGAGGCUAAGUAAAAAUCUCAAGAUGGGGCAUAAACGAAAGCAAACGAAAAUCAGACGUUUAUUGAUAACGAGGGGUGAGAUUGCGUGUGUGUAUUUCCGGAGGAUGGCGAGGAGGGAGAGGAGCGUGUGCGUGAGAACGGAUAAAUUGCGUGUUUUACUGCGAAUUAGCGUGCGUGAUAAAUCCAGGGAGAAAGUUUGAUGCAAGGGAAAAAAAAAGGAAAAAUUAAGGAAAUUGAAAAGCGAGAGAAAUAUCGAAAAGAGAUCUCCACUUAUAAGAACCAUAAUUCUACGUAUAUUGUAAUCGUUGGUACAUCUUCAUUACCGUCCCAAAUUAUAAUAUCCCGCUCCGACCCCUCCGCCGCCACUCUUACACGUAGGACGAUCCUUCAUUAUCAACCAUCUGUGCCGUUUUUCAUCUUAAAGAGUCGUUUUUCCAGAAUCCUCAUUCACUUCCACACCCCGACCCCCCGCGAGACCAACUGACAUAUUUGCAAUAUAAUAUUAACGGAUGCAAUAGGCACCAAAUUAUUGGUGACCACGGAACCAAGAGAGGCUCACGAAGUUUACUUGUUCUCGGAAUGAUUAUCUUUCUCUCCUGUUAUCUUUGUAAUUACUUGGCGAACACGCGCGCCGAACUCUCAUCUGGAAGAAAAAGGCGCGCAGGAAAAAUUUGAAAGUAUACUCGUCUACGUGCGCGGUUGUGAAAAUAUAUUUGGAAGACUGCGAGAGAGGAAGAAGCAGGAGAAUUAAAUAAAACGGGGAACCCCCUUUAGGAAGGGACCCCACGAAUGUUCAUCGUCAUUUAACAGUGAGUCCUCGGUUAGUAAUCUUAUUUGAGUGAGUCUAUUCUAAGGGUAUCUCUCUCCCCUUUUUCUAUCUGUCUCUCCCUCACCCCCCCCCCUCUCUCUCUCUCUCUCUCUCUCUCUCUCUCGCUCUCUGUGGCAGAUGAAUAUUUUUAUUUUUUCCUCCCCUUUUUAUUUCGUGCGAUUGGGAUAUUAGAUCCCCAGGGCCAUGGGGUGGUGGGGGAUAUUCUACAAGGGAACCUUCCAGACCGAGACGAUUUCUCACCCAACGUCAUUAGGGUGUCACUUGUCACUCGUCACCGCUCAUUGCCAUUGAAUAAAAGAGAUUGCAUUUAAAAAAAAUUAACCGGUAGGUUUUUUACGUUUUUUAAAAAUAUUUACCCAGACGAGCAUCGAGGAGCUCUCUAUGCCAAACAACUGAAACUCGAUACGACGAAUAAAUAAAAGUUAAACUCGAGUAGUGAGAAAAAAAUACGAAAAAAAAAAAAAAAAAAAAAAAAAA